GGAGGGGCUGUUCUCUCAGUCCGCGGUCGGUCGGUGGGGGUUUUGGUUGUACAGGCGCUCUCCGCCCGCCGCGGGAAGGAACAUGGCGACGCUGAAGGCCGUGUGCGUGAUGAAGGGUGAAGGCCCCGUGGAGGGCGUCAUCCACUUCCAGCAGCAGGGUAAUGGACCAGUGAAAGUUACUGGAAGAAUUAGCGGCUUGUCUGAUGGGGAUCAUGGCUUCCAUGUCCAUGAAUUUGGAGACAACACAAAUGGAUGUACCAGUGCAGGUGCUCACUUCAAUCCUGAAGGCAGGAAGCAUGGUGGACCAACUGAUGCAGAGAGGCAUGUGGGCGACCUCGGCAAUGUGACCGCUAAAGGAGGAGUAGCGGAAGUAGAAAUAGAAGAUUCUGUCAUUUCUCUGACUGGACCACACUGCAUCAUUGGACGCACCAUGGUGGUCCAUGCAAAAAGCGAUGACCUGGGUAAAGGGGGAGACAACGAGAGCACGCUAACUGGAAAUGCCGGGCCUCGUCUAGCUUGUGGUGUCAUUGGAAUAGCGAAGUGCUAAGUGUUGUGCCUGAAAUGCUUAAGAUGACAGUGAGAAAUGGGCUGUUUUUCAUUGUGAUCGCUGUACUUGCUCUUCGUCAUUCAAGCAAAAGAUCUCAGUUAAUCUCAUUACUACUCUGCAUUCUUGAGUAUCAGUUAAACUGGUAAAGACUGACUUAAUUUUGUAUCAUGUAUAUUGCAAUUAAAGUGUUGAUGGAAAAUCGCUGUAGUCUCCUGCUAAGCACCUGCUGUAACCAUUCUAAGUACGAUCCUCACUAACUGGAACAACUCCCGCUCUGUGUAAUGGCAGGUGGGUGGGAGUGUCACGCUGAACCCAAAGCUUCUAGUGCGUUGUGGGGUUUGGAGGAUGAGGAGCCUCAGGAGCUCUGCCAGGACUACUCACUGAAGAGCAGUAGGCGCGGUUUGCCACAUUGUACAUUUCACAGUUGUGUAAUAAACUUGCUGGCAAAUACA